AUAGUCUUCAUAGAUGAUCUACUUGAUGGUUUGCCCUCUCGCCAGACUCUUUCAGAUCCUUUUAUGUGACUUGGAUCGUACGUGAUCGCUCGACAAUCCGUUGCUUUUGCCUUGAGCUCAGCCAGACGGCCCAGACCGAAGUAGUCGCUUGGCACGAACGAUCUGAUGAUGAGGGACUUCCUGGUCGGCAGUGACUGUCAUCGAAAACAAAUAACCUCAGAUAUUUGCCGUCUUUAAUUGUCGUAUCGUUGCGUCAUUGUGAUUUUAAGACUAUUUAAUGCUUCAAAAACAAGGCGGCUUUCACAAAGAUUUGUCAUCUUCAAAGCAAGCUUAACGUUGUGCGGCUAGUGACCUAGCGUCAACGUUUGCUGUGUGUUCGCCAUGUCCGCCUCUGCUGGAUGCUCUCCGGCGGGCCACAACUCGGCCCUCGGCUCGAGUAUGUCAAUGUUUCGCUGGCUCGAAGUGCUCGAGAAGGAGUUUGACAAAGCCUUCGUGGACGUGGAUCUGCUGCUCGGGGAAAUAGACCCCGAUCAAGUGGACAUUACGUACGAGGGGCGGCAGAAGAUGACCAGCCUCAGCUCCUGCUUUGCUCAGUUGUGCCACAAAUCCCAGACCGUUUUCCAACUUAACCACAAACUCGAGGCCCAGCUUGUAGAUCUCCGUUCUGAGCUAAGUGAGGUCAAAGCCGAGCGGGCAGUCGUGGAGAGAGAAGUCCAUGACCAGUUACUGCAGCUUCACGCUCUCCAGUUGCAGCUCCACGCCAAGGAAGGCCAAGCUCCAGACUCCGAUUCCAUCAAAGACAGACUCCCUGCCCCAACAUUGGAACACAUGCAACAAGCGCUGGAGGACAGUAAAAAGGAGAAAUUGGCAGAGGCGAGGCUCGAGGCCGACGUGAGACUUUUUAAGAAGGAAAACGAGGCCCUCCGUCGGCACAUGGCAGUACUGCAGGCUGAGGUGUACGGCGCUCGACUGGCUGCCAAAUACCUGGAUAAGGAACUCGCUGGCAGGGUGCAGCAAAUCCAAUUACUGGGCCGUGACAUGAAAGGGCCGGCACACGACAAGCUGUGGAACCAACUGGAGGCCGAGAUCCACCUUCACCGCCACAAAACCGUCAUCAGAGCAUGCAAGGGCCGCAAUGAUCCCAAGAAACGGCUUCCCUCGCCUGUUGGGCACGAUCCAGACUUGCUGAAGAAAACGCAAGGAGUGGGUCCUAUCAGGAAGGUGUCGCUAGUCAAAGAGGACCAUGAAGGUCUGGGUAUCUCCAUCACGGGAGGAAAGGAGCACGGCGUUCCGAUUCUCAUCUCAGAGAUCCACCCGAGCCAGCCCGCCGACCGAUGCGGAGGCUUACACGUCGGAGACGCCAUUUUGGCGGUCAACAGCAUCAAUCUGCGCGAUGCCAAACACAAGGAGGCCGUCACCAUUCUCUCCCAACAGUCAGGACAGAUCGAGUUUGAAGUGGUGUACGUGGCUCCGGAGGUGGACAGCGACGAUGAGAAUGUGGAGUAUGAAGACGACAACGGACAUCGCUACAGACUCUACCUGGAUGAGCUGGAGAACAAUACAGCCCCACCUAGUGGCAACUCGGCAGCCGCGUCAUUACAGGCGGGUCUGGAGAGAAUGUCGCUGAACAACAGGACAGAAAAUGGAGACGCCACAAUCACCGGUGACGCAACAUCAGAGGAAACUCCCUCCAAGCCUCCCGACACUCACGGCUCCUCUUAAGAUCGCUCAGCCGCACUCAUCAAAGUUUUAUCGUGCAAAUCCUUUAUUAUUUUUUUUCUUCUUGAGUACUGAAUCGAGUCUGUGACAACCAGAGUAAGUUUGUCUCACCAUUCUUUUCUGUAGAUCUUCCAGUGUUUGGAUUUGCUUGCGAGUGGGCUCGUUGAACGGUCGCAUACGCCAACUGGGUUAGUCUGCAGGUUGUCUCACCAAUUUUGCAGCAAUUAAACGGGGGGGGCCGGGGGGAGCGAUGCUGAGUGAAGGUGAUGCAAGCGUCCAAAAAAGGACUCGGUCAACUCAGCAGACGACGAAACAAACAUCAAAGGCCCUCAUGCUGUGUGUUGUCACAUUCGCAAGACCGAAACCGCACUACUGUUGAUGGACAGAUUUGUGUGUGUUUUUCUUUUCAGCUUUCCAUUGUUGUUAUCCACAUCACCUUCUUUCCACAAAGCCCUUUCAUGACGGAACCGCCGAGUAUUUUGUUACAGCUUGGAAUGCCUCCCUUUGCCAACCCCGACAGUGCCGUCGUGCCUGUCAUCAUCCUAUUUAUAUGCCGGUGACUGUGGUUUAAAUUCCUUCAGGUCUUGACCAUGACACUACUCGACUCUAUUCUGACGGCCUCCUGAACUUUGGUGAUGCAAUGUCGUUCAAAUAAUAAGCCUUCCUACAACCUGGGUAUAUGUUGGUGACAGUCUUUUGCUGCGUUUGGUGGUACAUUCAAUGCUUGGGGAAUUUUCGUAUUUACUCAUAUGCUUCUAAUGACUUUGAGUAAUGUGAUCGAUGCGAUGUGGAAGCUGUGCGCGAGACCAUGACGUGCUGCAAGAUGUAACUGUAGAAAUAACAGCAAAAGCCGACUGGAUCACUUGAAGCUAUUGGAGGUUCAUCAAAUGCAUUUCUCAAUCACGGCAGGGUUUUGCUGACUCCCGCUGGCCAUGAGUUUGAAUGUGAUGAACUUGAUUUUUAGGAGGGUGUGCACAUUUGUGCAACCAAGUUGUCACAGUUGUCUAUUUUUACUUAUCCAGAAAAAGAUCUGCGGUUUUUGUUGUUUUUUUUAAUCAGGUUUACAUUGGAUGGAAGGAGUUUUGGAGUGUGUGUGUGUUUUUUUUAAUACCCCCAAACUUGUUUUGAACGGGUGUGUAGACUUUUAUUUCCACUGUAUGUCAAAAAUGCAAAUUUUCUCUUGAAGGAGAUUUGAACUCACUCAUUGUCACCAACACAGGGGAUCCCUGGAAGAUGGUGUUGGCACCCGGUGAACCAAAACUCUCUGACCUUAACGCGUUCACAUGAUGUGCUGUUUUGCUUUUAUGAAUCUGCUUCCUCUUGUUUGUACGGAAGCUUUCACUUGUGUGCAUCUGUAUUGCUCAAUGUAUUCCGAGCAGUUUAUUCAACCUUUAAAUAAAGCUUCAAUGGCGGCACGA